AUGCGAGGACUGGAGCCAGCGAGCUCCCAACAACACGCUCCCAUCCACCUCAACGGAUCAGCGCCGCCGCGGCAGGACGUGCUCAAUGGGCAUGCCGCCGGCGCCGCCGUAGCCGAGCCCGUGCUGCAGUUUCACUACCGAACAUCGUGGCAGCAGCCCACGCUGCACCGCUCCAUCAACGGCGGCGAGUGGCAGGGCGUGCCCAUGCGUCAGGUGGUGUCUGGCGGCGGCUGGUGGGAGGCGGCAGACCUGAAGCUGGCCGCCGCCGCCGCCAGCGGCAACGGCAGCGGCGCGGGCAGCGCCGCGCCGCCGCUGCUGGAGUUUGUCGUCACCGACGGGCGGGACGCCUGGGACAAGGCGGCAGACGGCAGCAACUAUGCCAUCGCGGCGCCCGGGCGGUGGAGCCUGCGCGACGGCCAGCUGGCGGAGGCCUCCCUGCCCGCGGUGCUGGUGUGCAGCGACCUGGACGACACAAUGAUCGGGGACGACGCCGCCACGGCGGCGUUCAGCAGCUGGUGGCACGAGGAGGCGGUGCCCGCGGGCGGGCGCCUGGUGUAUAACACGGGCCGCGCGCUGGACCUGUUUGAGCGGCUGCUGGCGGAGAAGGGGCACUGCAUGGCGGAGCCAGACAUGCUCAUCUCAUCCAUCGGCACCCGCAUCUACGUCAAGCAAGGGGGCCGGUGGGUCGAGGACGAGGGGUACACGGCCACGCUGGGCGAGGGGUGGCAGCUGGAGGGGGUGCGGGAGGCGUGCUACCGCGCGCUGGCGCAGGUCGGCAAGGACGCCAUGCACUUCAGGCCUCCGUCUGAGAUGUCUGAGCAUAAGGUCACCUGCGGCGUGCGGCUGGAUGUGCUGGACAGCGUGCUGGGCGGCAUCAAGCGGGACCUGGGCGAGGGCGGCGUGCAGCACCGCGUGGUGGUCAGCGGCAGCGGCGACUGGCGGUUUGUGGACCUGGUGCCGCGCGAGGCGGGCAAGCUGCAGGCGCUGGAGUAUGCGCGGCGCACGCUGGGUUUUGCGCCCGACCAGACCGUGGCCUGCGGCGACUCCGGCAACGACAUCGACAUGCUGGAGGGGCGGCACCGCUCCAUCGUGGUGGGCAACGCGCACCCCGUGCUGCUGGAGUGGGCCGAGGCGCGGCAGCGCGGCCUGGCCGCGGGCACGCCCGGCGGCCAGCUGCUGGUGGCGGGCGGCCACCGCGCGCACGGCAUCCUGGAGGGCCUGCAGGCCUUUGGCUUCUGCCUCAGUUGA